UAACAGCCAGAAAAAAAUUUUAUUCUAGCUGUUAAAGAUUCUGCUUUGGAAAAUGAAAAUGGACAGAGCUGCAUGUUGUGAAGGAGUGAGAAUGAAAAACGGAAACCAUGAAGAAUUUCUUAUGAAUAAAAGUAAAUGAGGAAGCUUGGUGAAUCACCCUUCCUGUCCCCAAGACAGACGCUUGGUUUUUGGCAUGUCAUGGUGCUGUAGCUCCUGCGUCCAUAACUGCUGAAUAAGGGGACAAACGCUUGUCAAUUUUGGUAAAGCUUCUUCACCUCUUGGGACAUGUCCGUUGGCUUCUCCUGCCUCUGGAACCUCUGUGAAUGCUUCAGCUCCUCAAAGGCUAAUGGGGAUGACAACGUCGAGAACUGGGGAGGAGCUGAUAGUGCCGUUAACAGCAAGGACAGUGUCGUCCCAGAAACACAGCAGGGACCCGCACAUGCUGCUGUAUCAGGUCCCGGGUGUGCAAAGAAAUCAGACGUCUACAAGGCUCUGUGGGCAUUCGAAGCCAGGGAAAAGCAGGAACUGUCCUUCUGCGAGGGCGACCUCUUUACAAUUAUCGACAAUUCUGGCGGAUGGUGGACUGUUGAGAAAAUUGGCAGGCAUGGGGAAACUGUAGCCACAGGAAUAGUCCCGUACAAUUACCUAGCAAGAGAGAAGACUUUAGAAGCACAACCGUGGUAUUUUGGGAAGCUAAGCCGACUGGAGUCUAUGAAGUAUCUUUCAGGCGUGGAGAACUUCAUGGUGCGGAUCAGCGAGAAGGACGCCAUUGACCUUGUUCUCUCAGUGAAAAUCAAUGGAAAGAUCAAACACUUCAGGAUCUACCAGACAAGAGAGAACAAGUUUUACAUCUACCCGAGCCGGUGCUUCCUGAGCCUCCUGGACCUUGUGGACCACUACAGAGAGAACUGUAUAGCUGGCACCUACAAGCUUGGCACACCCUGCACCAGGCGGUGUCCCGCACCCCAAGACCUGUCCCACACCACGGUGGAUAAGUGGGAGCUGCCCAAGGAAGAGUUCAUCGUACAGGAGAAGCUGGGCAACGGCUGUUUCGCUGACGUUCACAGGGGCAUGUGGAAAGGUCGUGUCAGCGUGGCUAUAAAGAUCCUGAAGAGCGAUGAGACUCUGAACAUAAAGGAUUUCCUUUUGGAGACCCAGAUCCUGAAGAAGCUUCACCACAGGAAUCUGCUCACCCUCCUGGCGGUCUGCUCUAUGUCGCUGCCAUAUUACAUCAUCACAGAGCUGAUGGAGAAAGGCGACCUGCAGAACUUCCUGCGGGGUGAAGAGGGGCGCAGCUUGAGCCUGCCCUGCUUAAUAGAGAUGGCGGUCCAGGUUGCUGACGGGAUGUCCUACCUGGAGUCCAACAACAGCAUCCACAGGGACCUGGCCGCACGCAACGUGCUGGUGGGGGAGGACUACACCUGCAAAGUGGCUGACUUUGGCCUGGCUCGAGUCGUCAAGGAGCCCUUUUACAUCUCCAACACCAGGAAGAUGCCCUACAAGUGGACUGCUCCCGAGGCCAUCAGCCACCAGCGCUUCUCCAUUAAGUCCGACGUCUGGUCCUUUGGGAUUCUCCUGUACGAAAUCCUCACCUAUGGCGCAGUGCCCUACCCGGGUACUACCAACACCGAGACGUACAAUCUCGUCAGCCAAGGUUACAGGAUGCCUCCUCCACCCAGGUGCCCUGACAACAUCUACAAGAUCAUGCUAUCCUGCUGGGAUGCCAAACCAGACCACCGGCCCAGUUUCAUGGCCCUUAGCUACAAUCUGAACCACAUAAACCUCUCUGAAGCGGACUGAACGCAGGAUAUCCAGUGGAAAUAAGCGCCGUCGGGGACUUACUGGCUCAAUAAAGGUUCAAGAAUGCUGCAGCGCUGCCUGGGGGCAAUCAGGUGAGAAAAACAGGCUGGAUUAUGGGUACAAGUGUGGAAGGAGAUGUUCUCCUGGCUCUUUGUACCAUGCUGAUGCUCUCAGAGUUACAGCAGUUCACAGACACCUUCUCAGAAAUACUGGCAAGACACAUUCUGCAGAAGUGCCACUUCAUGCAUCAAAUUACUGUCCUCUAGAUUCUCCAUUAUUUAAUGUGGUUGCCCAACAGUUGUGUUUGCUGGACCAUCGCUGCGAAAAAGGUUUUUGGAUGAAAAUAUAUAUUUUUACACUUUACAGCUUUCAAACUCUGCGACCGUUUUGCAAAUCAUGUUUAAUUUUUGCUUUUAUAUGGUACAGUGGCUGGCCUGAGGAUUUUGAUGCCUUGUGUGAGCAUUGAAACACUGUUGUGAAUCCCCGUACAUUUCCAGGACCCUGAUUCACUUUGGGAUGGAAGUUUGGUCACAUGAAGGUGACAGCUGAAUAAAUGUAAGUUUUCAAAAAAGCCAGACAAGGCAGUAUGUACCUUCAUUAUAAUAGAGAAGGGUGUGUGUGUGUGUGUGUGUGUGUGUGUGUGUGUAUAUAUAUCAUAUAUCGGUGUCUGGUGUGGGACACCGAGCGCCGCGG